GCAAGCCGGCCACCUCCGCAAGCCAGCGACGAACACCUCACCCCCCAACCUCUCCCUCCUCCUCCUCCCAAGGUUGCCGUGAAUCUUCUCCGCUCGCGCGGGCUUCCGCCAUGGAGGAGGCUCAGGUUGUGGAAUCCAAGGAUGGAACCAUCUCGGUAGCUUCUGCAUUUGCUGGUCAUCAGGAAGCUGUUCAAGACAGGGAUCACAAUUUUUUGUCGAAAGCAGUUGAAGAGGCUUACCGAGGAGUAGAUUGUGGCCAUGGAGGUCCAUUUGGUGCGGUUGUUGUCUGUAAUGAUGAAAUAGUAGUUAGUUGCCAUAACAUGGUUUUGGAUUACACCGAUCCAACUGCACAUGCUGAAGUAACUGCAAUAAGAGAGGCUUGCAAAAAGCUUGGAAAAAUUGAGCUGUCAGACUGUGAAAUGUAUGCAUCAUGUGAACCUUGCCCAAUGUGUUUUGGCGCUGUGCAUCUAUCACGGAUUAAGAGGCUGGUGUAUGGUGCCAAGGCUGAAGCUGCUAUUGCUAUUGGAUUCGAUGACUUCAUUGCUGAUGCUCUAAGAGGAACUGGGCACUACCAGAAGGCCAACUUGGAGAUCAAGCGUGCUGGUGGCAAUGGAGCCCUGAUUGCUGAACAAGUCUUUGAGAACACAAAGGAGAAGUUUCGGAUGUACUAAUCUGUAAGUAAAUACAUUGUGGGAUUCAUAUUGUAAAAGUCCCAGGUGCUCAAGAAUUCACAGAGAAUAAUGUAACCUUCGACAUUCUGCCAUUUAUGGACCAUAUCUAUCAAUCUAAAUACAUUUUACUCUC